GUCCUUUCGUUGUGUUCAGUCUGAGGUGAAGGCCAGCCCUUCCCUGACUGGCUUGUCCCUUCAUGAGUGUUCUCCCCUGGUGAUGCCCACACGUCGCCAGUAGAGGCUGCUCUAGGUCUGUGUAAUGGGAAUGACCAAGGUCAAGGCACAGGCUGCUGCUUUUUUUUUUUUAACCCCUCCCUCAACUAUCUUAAAUUUCUUAAAAGGUGUUAGGAACUCCUGGUUUUUGCUUUCCAGAUGCCGUGGAGGGUGGCUUAGGACCCCUAGCUAUGAAAUAAAGUUUCCUUUACUUCACCUUGCAACGUAGCCUUCUGGUAUCCAGCAAUCCCUGUGAUCUGCAAAACGAGAUUUAAGGUCUUGAACAGUGAGGAUCAUCCUCUGUUCAGCCUUGGAGAUCAGGACCGAGGGCCACAGCUCAGGAACCGGGGCUGGGGCACGAAUCUGACUGCUGAGCCCAGGGCUUCCCCGUCCGCCUGGUUUAUUGAAGGAGGCUUAAGACUAAUGAAAGGCUUGGCAGUAGGCAGCUGGGACAUCAGUCCUGACUGCUGGCCCGGGCAGCAGCCCUGGUGGAGCGACGCACAGGACACAGGCAUUCACUGGGCACCUGAGAUUUGUGUUCUUCCCGCAGACACAGUCUGCUCAGAACAUGCAGGGUUUUUCUCUUCAGAGGGGGGCACGGUGGGGGGUUUGGGUCACACCCGGUGGUGCUCAGAAUUUACUCCUGGCGAUGCUUGGAGUUCCAUAGGGGUGCCUAUAAUUGAACCCAACUCAGCUUUGUGCAAGGCAGAUGUCCUUUCUGCUGUACUGUUUCUCCGGCCCCAAGAGUUCACUGUUCAUCCAGGUGCCUUCUAGUCUAGUCUCAGUGAGGGAAAUGAGCGGUUGGUACUGGCUCAGGGGCAGGGCAGAGGCCAUGAAUCUGAAAGUAGUCCCUAGGUCCAAACCACAGAACAGAAAAUUGGAACAGAAUUAUACACAUGAAGGUCAGACAUUUCCUGUCCGGCCCACAGGGUGGGGUUUUCUCCAUCCCUGGCCAUCCUGACUAUAAAACCUGAUUGGAUGUCAGUAACGAGAAGGAGCUGUGGGUUUCGGUGUUCUGCAUCCACUAUGAAUCUCAAGGUAGUCCUGGUCUUCCUGGCCCUGUCCCUUAUCACCAUCUUUGCCUUGACCUACGUCUUGCUGACCAGUGGAGGAGGCAACUCCAGCAAACCCCUCCGCUGCCCUGCCACAUCUCCCAGUGCCCAGCCCUGGACACACCCUGGCCCGAGCCAGCUGUUUGCAGACCUGAGCCCAGAGGAGCUGGCAGCUGUGGUGAGCUUCCUGACCCGGCAGCUGGGCCCGGGCCUGGUGGAUGCGGCCCAGGCCCGGCCCUCGGACAAUUGCAUCUUCUCCGUGGAGCUGCAGCUGCCCUCCAAGGCGGCCGCGCUGGCCCACCUGGACCGGGGGAGCCCCCCACCUGCCCGGGAGGCACUGGCCAUCGUCUUCUUUGGGGCCCAGCCUCAGCCUAACGUGAGUGAGCUGGUGGUGGGGCCGCUGCCCCGGCCCUCGUACGUGCGGGAUGUGACUGUGGAGCGUCACGGAGGCCCCCUGCCCUAUCACCGCCGCCCCGUGAUGAGUGUCGAGAUUGCCCAGAUGUGGAAGUAUUUGAAGGAGGUGGAGCUCCCCAAGGCACCAAGCUUCCUGGCUUCGGUCUUCACCUACAAUGGCUCAACCCUGGCACCUGUCCUCGCCACCCCUCAUGGCUUGCGCCCAGGGGACCGUGCCACCUGGAUAGCCCUGUGUCAUAAUGUCUCAGGGGUGGGUUUCUUCCUUCACCCAGUGGGACUGGAGCUGCUGCUGGACCAUAGUGCUCUGGACCCUGCCCGCUGGGCUGUCCAGCAAGUCUUCUACCUCGGGCACUACUAUGCAGGCUUGGGCCAGCUGGAGUGGGAGUUCAAGGCUGGACAGCUGGAAGUCAUUAAAGUUCCGCUGCCACUAUCAAAUGGACCCUCAUCCCUGAGGUCCCGGGUACCCCCCGGUCCUCUUCCUCCUCUUCAGUUGUCACCCCAGGGCCCCCAGUACAGUGUCCAAGGGAACCUGGUGGUGUCUCCACUUUGGACUUUCAGCUUCGGCCAUGGGGUGUUCAGUGGCCUGAGGAUUUUUGAUGUUCGGUUCCAGGGCGAGCGAGUGGCCUAUGAAGUCAGUGUCCAAGAGUGUGUUUCUGUCUAUGGCGCUGAUUCCCCGAAGACCAUGAUGAUCCGCUACCUGGAUAGCACCUACGGACUCGGCCUCAACAGCCGGGGCUUGGUGCGGGGGGUGGACUGCCCCUAUCAGUCUACGAUGGUGGACAUCCACGUAUUGGUGGGACAGGGGUCAGUCCAGCGGCAGCCGGGAGCUGUGUGUGUGUUUGAGGAAGCCCAGGGACUACCCCUUCGCAGGCACCACAACUACCUUCAGUCUCAUUUCUAUGGUGGUUUGGCCAGCUCGGCCCUGGUAGUCAGAUCUGUAUCCUCAGUGGGCAACUACGACUACAUUUGGGACUUCUUGUUGUACCCCAACGGGGCACUGGAAGGGCGGGUCCACGCCACAGGCUAUAUCAGCACCGCAUUCCUGAACCAGGAGGAAAGCCUCCUCUUUGGGAACCGAGUGGGGGAGCGAGUGCUGGGGGCCGUGCACACACACGCCUUCCACUUCAAGCUGGACCUGGACGUGGCAGGCCUGAAAAACUGGCUGGUAGCUGAAGACGUGGUGUUUAAGCCUGUGGCAGCCCCUUGGAGCCCACAACACCAGCUGCAUCGGCCCCAGCUGACCCGGCAGGUGCUGGGAAGGGAGGACCUGGCGGCCUUUGCCCAGGGCAGCCCUCUUCCCCGCUACCUUUACCUGGCUAGCAACCAGACUAACGCCUGGGGCCACCAGCGCGGGUACCGGAUCCAGAUCCACAGCCCCCUGGGCGUGCACUUGCCCCUGGACAGUGGCAUGGAGAAGGCCCUCAGCUGGGGGAGGUACCAGCUGGCGGUGACACAAAGGAAGGACACGGAGGCCUGGAGCAGCAGCAUCUAUUACCAGAGUGACAUCUGGACGCCCACGAGGCCCUUUGCUGACUUCAUCAACAAUGAAACCCUCCUAGGAGAGGACCUGGUGGCCUGGGUGACUGCCAGCUUGCUGCACAUCCCCCAGGCAGAGGAUGUCCCGAACACAGUGACCCUGGGGAACAGAGUGGGCUUCCUGCUCCGCCCCUAUAACUUCUUCGACGAGGACCCGUCCAUCUUCUCCCCCGGCAGUGUCUACUUUGAGAAGGACCAGGAUGCUGGGCUGUGCAGUGUCAACCCCGUGGCCUGCGUCCCCCACCUGGCAGCCUGUGUCCCCGACCUGCCCCCCUUCUCUUACCAGGGAUUUUAGCCUGAGAGUGUGGUGGAACUUUGGGGGAGUGGCCACCGCCCUCUCCCCUCCCCUGCAGCUCUUCAGUGUUUCUCCUGAGAGGCUGAAACACUCCCCGCCCCCACGCAGAGCCCCUGGGUGUCCCUUGGGCUCCUUCAGGCCUCAGGAAGCAGCACGUGUAUGCCAAUGAUGAUGUAACUCCCCGAGCCAAACCACCGAGCCUUCACGUUUGUUAGCACCAACCCCUCGCUGUGUGGCUUCCCAUGGAAGGAGAGAAUGUUGUGGAAAGAGAGGUGUGUGUCCUCUACA